UCACUAACUGAUUUUUUUACUUAUAAUAAAUUAAAACUUUGAUUGUUAAUUCGAGUAUGUCUUGGGAAAAUAUUCGCCAAGAAAUUCAAUCACAUUAUACGGCAGAUGGUUACGGGAUUUUAUCGAUGAAAUUGAUGGGCAUCGAGAGUGAUAGGUUAUGGGAAAUAUUUUUCCAAAAGGCCAUUCCCUUGGGUUUACUGGAAGUAUACAUCGACAGUGAUCGUGCGGGUGGAGACGAGGCCGGUCCAUCGAGACGUGUUGAUCGUGAUCGGUUGCGGAGGGAGACGAUUGCAGAUGAAGUUAUUAACAACCCUGACUCUGAUGAUGAUGAAGAGUACAUUCCUUUAGACGACGACAUUGACACAGAAGAACAUUGGAUCCGUGAAAUGGAAGCUGAAGCUGGUGAACGGGGAAUUUCUUAUAAGUCUAAUGGCCCUCUUGCAAUAGGAACUGUAGUCGAUGUUGUCUAUGCAACCGAACCGCCAAACCUUAAUGCCACGCCUGAAGAGACCUCGCGCUUUAAGUAUGCAUUUUUGGCGUUCGCCGCGGCAAUACAUGGAUUACAAUACUGCACGCCUGUAGUGACGGUGGACGGAACUCAUUUGUACGGAAAGUACAAUGGUCAUCUCCUUCUUGCGGUUGCAAUGAAUGGUAAUCGUGAAAUCUUUCCUCUGGCUUAUGCGGUUGUUGACAGAGAAACAUGUGAGAGUUGGACUUGGUUUUUUGCCUUCUUGUUCAGAGGGUUAUCGGCUCACAACAAGCCUGUAUUAUUUCUGACAGACAUAUUGGAAUCAUUAACUCCUAUCGUGACCUUCCAGAACUACAGACCGAAUUGAUAAUGAAACGUUUUUGUCUUC